GUCGUGAAAAUCACACGCCUGUGACGCUAUCUCCUUUCGUGUUUGAAAUCACGCGGAAGUAUUUUCUGCUUCCAGUUCUUCUCAGAUCACAUCUGUGCUUUUCCCAAAACCCCUAAUUUUCGGUUCUUGUAAGAUUUCUAGUUUUAUUUUUGUUUCAAAAAAAGAAAAAGAAUAUCUUCUGGAUUCAUAGCGAUGGGUACUUGGGAUCUUCUAAACAUUCAACCUACAGAACUCAAAGUCCUAUUUGAAGUGAAGAGGCAGAGUUCAUGUUCCAUACAAUUGACGAAUAAAACGGAUAAAUAUGUGGCGUUCAAGGUUAAAACAACAAACCCCAAAAAAUAUUGUGUCCGUCCUAAUGCUGGCAUUGUUUUGCCUCGAACCACAUGCAAUGUUACAGUUACAAUGCAAGCUCCUAAAGAGGUACCCCCUGAUUUGCAGUGCAAGGACAAAUUUCUUCUUCAAAGUGUGGUUGCGCCGGAUGGUGCGACUACGAAAGACAUAACCCCAGAAAUGUUUAACAAAGAGGAUGGUAAGGUUGUGGAAGAGUUCAAGAUGAGGGUCAUUUACAUUCCUGCUAACCCCCCAUCACCUGUCCCUGAAGAACCUGAAGAAGAUUCUUCUCCCAGGGCAUCAGUGCUUGAGAAUGGGCAUCAAAAUCGUUUAUUGUUUGAUGCUGUAUCAAGAUCUUUAGAGGAGCCUAAAGAGAAGUCUUCAGAGGAGUGGUCUAUGAUUUCCAACUUGACCGAGGAGAAAGCUUCUGCUUUGCAACGAAAUCAGAAACUACAUCAGGAACUGGAUCUGCUGAGAAAAGAAAUUAGCAAAAGUCGUGCUGGUGGCCUCUCUCUAUUUGUUGUGGUGCUGGUUGGUCUCCUUGGCGUCCUGUUUGGCUACUUUGUCAAGUAAACGCAGAAGCUGCAUAUCAGGCAAUCUUUUGUUUUGUUAGCUGGGUGUUGGAAUCAACAUUAUUGAUGCUCCUGAUCUUCCUAAGACUUUCCUUUU